AUGAGAAAAGACCUACCCACCUCGCUUAUCGAGGAGUGGUAUGAGGAGCACAUCGUUGAUGUCCUGGAUUGUCCUGGUAACGGUGGCCUUUUUCUCCGAUACAAAAACACGGAUCCGGCCGCCGACCCAUACGCCGAUCCGAAAUUCGCAGAGCGUGUCACGCCGUCAGCGUCUGAGAAGAGUAUAGUUGAGACACGAUGGCCCAACCUCGCUUUAGUAAAGCUGAGCGAUGUAGCUUGGGUGGCCAGCAAAGAAUUCAACGAUAUGCCCAGACACUCCAAGCUGUUGCCUCCCGAGCCAGACGGGUCGAUUGGGAGUGCAUUCAGCUGCUGGUAUGGCGCUUUGCGGAGUUACGAAACGGUGGGCAAGAUCGAUGAUAGCACUGGAAGCACGAGCCGACCCAGAUACAUCCUCAGUGUGCAGACGAGGACUGCAGACGAAUCCAUCUGGAAGGCUCUUGACGAUAAGUACACGACUCUCCCAGGUUUUCGAGGCUCGGUGAGAUAUCGGAUUGUGAAAGGGUUGUUGGAAUUCGAGGAACCUGGGACAUUGCCAGCGGGAAUGGUGCUGUAUGAAUUUGACGGGGAAGUACGUCCAUCAGUGCUCGUGGAUGACCAACAUCUGAAGGCCGACGUUUGGGAGUUGAUCAAGGAGGCGGGAGAUCUGUCACUUCGGCUGUGA